AUGUCCAAGCCCGUCACCGUCCCGUGCCAGUACAAGACUGGCAAGACCUUGGGCAGUGGAACUUACGCUGUCGUCAAGGAGUGUGUCCACAUCAAGACCGGCAAGUACUAUGCGUGCAAGGUCCUGAACAAGAAGUUCCUCACUGGACGGGAGCACAUGGUCCGUAACGAGAUCAAGAUCCUCAAGAAGGUCUCGGAAGGCCACCCCAACAUUGUCCAGCUGCACGACUUCUUCGAGACGACGCACAACCUCUACCUCGUCUUCGACCUGUGCACCGGUGGCGAGCUCUUUGACCGCAUUUGUGCGCGUGGAAGCUACUACGAGAAGGACGCUGCCCACCUCGUCACCACCAUCGUGUCCGCCGUCAAGUACCUCCACGACCAGGGGAUCGUGCAUCGCGACUUGAAACCUGAGAACAUUCUCUUCAAGUCUAAGGCCGAGGAUGCCGACCUCAUGCUUGCUGACUUUGGUCUGUCCAAGGUCUUGGACGAGGAGAACUUCUCGAUCCUGACGACCACAUGCGGAACCCCGGGGUACAUGGCGCCCGAGAUCUUCAAGAAGGCCGGCCACGGCAAGCCAGUCGACAUCUGGGCAAUCGGCGUCAUCACCUACUUCCUCCUCUGCGGCUACACGCCCUUCGACCGUGAAUCGCAGUACCAGGAGAUGCAGGCCAUCUGCAACGGCGACUACAAGUUCGCUCCGGACGAGUACUGGGCUGGCGUAUCCGAGACAGCCAAGGCCUUCGUUCGUGCCUGCCUCACUGUCGACCCCGUCAACCGUCCAGCGGCUGCAGACCUGCUCCAGCACCCAUGGCUCAGGUCGGAACAGGCACCCUUUGUCCAGGACCCCGAGAAGCCCUCGGGCGAGAGCGUCAACCUGCUGCCGAACGUCAAGAAGGCCUUUGACGCCAGGAAGACUCUCCGUCGCGCUGUCCUAAGUAUGAUGAUGGUCAACCGGCUACAGACCCAGACGGAACGGCAUCAGAGCAUGGGCGGCAUGCCAGAGGAAGCGCGCGAGCGACUGCGCAAGGAGGUCGCCGCGUUCAAGGAGGAGGCCGAGAAGGAGGACGCGUCGCAGGUUCUAACUGCUGGCGAGAUCGCUCCUGCUGGCACGCCGGUGCCUUCUUCCACGCCGACGCCCGCUCCCGCUGCCUAG